AUUUAAAUCAUUAUGCAUCUUUUAAUUCUGUAUAUGGAAUUAAAACAAAUAAAAGUCAUUGUCCUUCUUUAUUAUUAAAUCAAGAAGAACAAGAACGUGGUUCUAAUAGUCUAUAUACAUACAAAAAAAUUAGUGGAUGGGUAGAAUGUACUGCUUGUAGUAAAUGGCGCUGUCUUUAUAGUCAAAAUUCCCUCAAUGAAGAAGAAGAAUUACAAUGGCAAACAGCUCUUCAAAAUAAUUUAUAUACUUGUGAAGAUCAUCAAUUAUAUAAUAUUCUUUUUGUUCGUGAACAUGUUUUCUGUAAUUCACCAAUUGAAACAAAUUAUUAUGCUUGUGAACAUGGUGAUAGAAUUCAACUUUGUUAUUGGUGUAGAACUGAAGAUAGUUUAUCUGAUUUACCUAAAUUAUUAACUGAUCAGUAUAAAAUAGUUUAUCAUGUUGUAAAACAUGUAAAGAAUUAG